UCUCUUCUCCUCCAUUGCUCUUCUCCUCCAUUGCUCUCCUCCUCCAAGAUCGCCAUGCUUUGCCGAGCUUCUCUCGCCCUCUCUCUCCGAUCUCCGGCGCCGGAACCAUUUUCCUUUGGUGGUGAUGGUGCUGUGGUGGCUCUUCCUUCUUUGUCCUCUGUUUUGAGGCUUUCUAAGAAGGGGCCGAGAGAUGGAGCCUUGGUGGCCAUGGCGACUGAUAGCCGGACUCUCUCGGGUGUCGUCUUUGAGCCUUUUGAGGAGCUCAAGCGUGAGGGAUCGCAUCUUGUGCCCUUGUCUCCUCAUGAGUCCCUCACUCGCCAGUGCUACUCCCAUGACUGCGAAACCGCAAUCAACGUGCAAAUCAAUGUGGAAUACAAUGUUUCGUAUGUCUAUCAUGCCUUGUAUGCAUACUUCGAUCGUGAUAACGUUGCCCUUAAAGGCUUUGCCAAGUUUUUCAAGGAAUCUAGUGAGGAAGAGAGGGAGCAUGCAGAGAAGCUGAUGAAAUACCAGAACAAACGUGGAGGAAGAGUGAAGCUGCAUUCAAUUGUAUGGCCACCCUCUGAAUUUGACCACCCUGAGAAAGGAGAUGCGCUGUAUGCUAUGGAACUAGCAUUGUCUCUUGAGAAACUGACAAAUGAGAAGCUUCUGCAUUUGCAAAGUGUGGCAUGCAACAAUAAUGAUCCUCAAAUGCAAGACUUUGUAGAGAGUGAGUUUCUCGGUGAACAGGUGGAAGCCAUAAAGAAAAUCUCUGAUUACGUCUCACAACUGAGAAGGGUGGGCAAAGGGCAUGGAGUUUGGCAUUUUGAUCAGAUGCUUCUCCAUGAUGAAGAAGAAGAAGCUGUUGCAUGAGAGCUAGUAUAUAUAAUAAUAUCAGUAGUAGUACUAGCUACUACUAUAUAUAUAUAGUUUGUAUGUACGUGUACAUGUUGUACGUCAAUGUUCUGUACUUUCCUACGUAUUCUACUUUGUAGACAGUUUGCAGUAAGAACUCGGACAAAGUUAAUUUCAAUCCUGUUAUCGAAUGUAAUUUCUUUGCCAGCAUGCAGAGACAAUGGUAUUAGUUUCAAAGGUAA